GUGAAUAGUACGUGCCAGAAAAAGGCCAUUCCAUGCUCCGGCAUAGCUGACGCACAUUUUCGUGAUGCUGUUUUUGUAGAAAUCAUUGGCGGUGAAAUCCACGUCGAGCAACUUGUCUGGAACUUAGUCCAGAAUGGCGAAGGAAAGACGUGUGGGCUCGGAUUUUGAGGCAUCCAGUCUAACUCGUGAGAAGGUGGACGUAAUGAUGGAUUGUCCCGCCAAUCAAGUCCGGAUUGGCAACAAAUUCUACAAUGCCGAGAAGCUCCUUGACUUUCAUCCUGGUGGCCAAUUGUUCAUCAGUGCCUUUGCCGGACGAGAUGCCUCGCAAGCUUUCAUGUCUUACCACCGGAAGCGAUUUCCGCACCAGAAGAUGAAGUUUGCUUUGGACAAGGAGGACACCUUAGCACCCUCAGAAGACCCGCAUUUGAAUGACGACUAUUUUGAUCUAGUGGAGAGGGUUGAAAAGGUUUUACCACGGCAAAAAUCUUUUGCUCCAUGGACUUAUUAUGUUAAGGCUUUUUUCAUCAUUGGUGUUUGCUUGGCACUUGAAGGAUACAUGCACUACACUGGUCAAUAUGUUUGGUACCUCUCAGCUAUUCUUGGACUCUUUUACGCCUAUUUGGGACUGAACAUUCAGCACGAUGCCAACCACGGCGCUCUUUCAGCCAAUCCCCUCGUGAAUCGUCUCAUGGGAAUGACACAAAAUUGGUAUGGAGCCAGCGUGACAUCUUGGGUGCAUCAGCACGUGGUCCAACAUCAUGUGCACACUAAUGACGUGCAUCUGGAUCCAGAUAUCGAAGGAAAGGUGGUCAUGAGGUUGAAUCCUAUGAGGCCCUUGAAGAAGGUCCAUGCCUAUCAAUGGUUCUACUUCUUCGGCUUGAUCUUCAUGUACGGAUUCUCCAUUGUCAAGUUCAGCUUCACCACAGUCUUGGAAGGGUUCUAUUACACCCCAUUCUCGGAGCUGUUGAACCGUUAUCGAUACCAGGAACUGGCUUGGUCCUUGUUCUUUUACUUCCGUUGGUUCUUUUUGCCUUACUACAUGGCUCCUGCUUGGACCACGUUCUUCCAAAUCGCUCCCAUGUUCAUGAUUUUUGGCUUUUACCUGUCCGUGUUCUUUCACAUUAGCCACAAUUAUCUCGGCGUGGAACAACUCGAGGACACGAGUCCCAAACGUUCUUGGCUCCAUAACCAGGUCGUGGCUUCCUCGAAUGUGGCUGGACCCAUUCUCGGGUUCCUCAACGGAGGCUUGAACUACCAAAUCGAGCACCAUCUCUUCCCGAGGAUCCAUCACAGUCACUAUCCAACCAUUGCGCCAGUGGUUCGACAGUUCUGUCAAGAGAGAGGCAUUCCAUACCGACAUUUCGAAACAGUGACCGAAAACGUGAUAUCCAGCAUCCAGCAUAUGUACGACAUUGGCACGAAUGUCGUGCCUGAGGCCGCCAAGAAACUCGAGAAUGUCAAGAUGCAUGCACGAACCCUGAGCGUGGCUGGAUGAAUAAUGCACCCUUUAGAGUACGGCCAUCUAAACCUGGGAAAUGUCAGUUCGCAUAAAAUCUAAAUUCGGAAACAAAGUUCUAAUAAAUUAUUUCGUCUGCCCCUUCCGGUUCAA